UCACUCUGCAGCAGGAAACAGGAGUUUUUUUUACAAACUUGUUCUGAAUGCAGCUAAAAUAAUGAGAAAAUUAAUUAUAUAUUGUUUAUUCGUGGAGAAAUUUGGAUGUUUGAAUAUUAUUAACAAAUAAGCAAAAUGUUCCUGCCCAAAUUUUUUUCCGGAGAUCCAACUGAAAAAUAGUCCAGAAGACAGUCACAUGUACACACUGACAGAAAAAGUGUGUGAAUGUUUCUAAGCUUAAUUUCAUCCCCUGUGAUAAUUUAAAGGUUUAGUCCAUACCCACUGAGUGCCCAGUUGGUACAGUACAGUAAAAUAUAUAUAUUGGUGUUGCGACAUGGAAAACAGUUAUUAUAAAUUCAUGUUGUCAUUUGUAUUAUUAUUCUGUGUCCCACUUUAAUUUCGGCACAUCCGGUUUAAAGUCCUGGAACGACAGAAUAUGCGGUUUCCGGGGGGAAGAUAAAGAGGAAGCACAGAGUCGCCAUGGAGCCACAACUUGAGCUCCGUAUUCAAAACUGACAUUUGUUCAUGUUUAUGGUAACUCAGCACCAUAACAAUGAUGCCGAAUUGGCUACUGGUACUUCCUGUUUGAGGUGACGUCAUUAAUGUGCAGAUAGUUUCCGCCGCGUCACUGUGAUCCUGAGGACAAGUUAGAAACACGAUGUUUCUCAGGGAGGUUCUGCAGUGUGAAGGCGCGGCGGGUCAUCGGUGGAGCUGUCUGCGGGUUUACACGGGAUGGACGUCAGAGAUAAUGACGUCAUCACACAGUCUGCUCGAGUCAUUGUUGGAGCCACUUCUGCCCCAAAGUGUCAGCGAAGUCGUGGGAAAUUAAAAUAAUGACACAUGAGAGGUGUCGGCGAUCUGCAGGAUAAAAGACAAGGAGCAGCAGAGGCGGCUCGACACACCAGCUGAUCCUCGAACAGGCCACACUCCCUCUUCAGCAUCAUCAUCAUCACCAUGAAGGUGCUCAGCGUGUCUCUGACGCUCGGCACCUUUCUGACCCUGAGCCGAGCCGUCCCGCUCAGCACCAACACCAGCCUCUCCGGCAGGCACUCGGGUCUCUGCGAUUACGCGAGGCAGGAGGGCAUCAACAUCAUGGGAGCGUUCAUCCCACAGUGCGACGCUCACGGGAACUUCCUCCCGCAGCAGUGCUCCGACUCCACCGGGAACUGCUGGUGCGUCAACGUCAUCACCGGAGAGGAGAUACCGAACACGAGGACGCCGCUGGGGGCCGUACCCGUUAACUGUGACCGGGAGUUCUACUGCCCGUACGGCUGGUCCCGCUUCGGAAAGCAGUGUUUCGUCUUCAUCGACAGCCCGAAGACGUGGGCUGAAGCCGAGGGCUACUGUCUGUUUGAAGGGGCCAACCUGGCAUCAGUCCACAGCUACGAGGAGAAUCACUUCAUCCAGGCUCUGACCAGAGGAGAUGGCCACGACUUCCCCCUCACCUGGAUCGGCGGCCACGAUGCCAUACAUCUCUCUUUUUGGAUGUGGAGUGACGGCUCCAAGUUUCGUUACGAAUACUGGCACAGGGACUACAGCGUGGAGAGAGCUGAGCGCUGUCUGAAGAUGAAUUAUGGAUUUGACAGGAAGUGGUACUACGGCUCCUGCGAUGACUUUCUGCCUUUCGUUUGUGCCAAGAGGAUCUGAACUCGGACCUGGCAUCCAAAAACCAGACUCGUCUGAUGAGGUCUGAGGCGUCACGAGCCGGUCCAGCUGGAGUAACGUUUCCUCUCCAGAAUCAGCUGUGAUGGAUAAAUAUCAAACACACGAGCUUCUGCAGGUUCAUCUCGUUGGCACUGACGUGUCGACCCCCAGAUAUCAUUUUAAUAUCAAUAAAACUAUGGAUAAUGAAAUAAUAGUGAAAGUUUAUGUCACAACUUAAGACGUGAAUCAUGAAUGUCUACAUGCAUAUAAAACAUGUAAUUGCAUUAAAAGCACAAAACAUGAAAGCAGAAACACAAAUGAGUGCACGGAGCUGCUGUGGGAGAAAUGUUUUAAUUAUUUCCUCCUUCAAAUCUGUAGCAUGCGCCCUCAGAUUACAAAAAUACAGAUAUAUAUUUGUACUUGUUUGUAUGUUGUUUGUUCUUCUUUCCAUCAGAGAUCGAUUUAAAUUUGUUUUACGGGUUAAUGUUUAUUUCCUGCCUUUAAGGUUAAAGUCAGAGUUGUGAUGAGGCAGCUCGUGGCUUUGCUUUACAUAAAGAUAAAGAUGCACCUUGAGAGAGAUUAGAUUGUGUCCAGAUGAGUAAAGUGUGGGUUUGUGUGUCGAGCACUGUGAUCUCAGCACCGUGUUCACUUUUGGACUCAAGCAAACAUCAGUUGCUCAAUCGUCCUAAUUUCCCGAAACUGACACUGCAGCGUUUUCACAAAAACUGCUCUGACUGUUCGAAGAUUAGAUUCACUGUGUCUUUGAGGAGAAAAAAACCCUGAUGACAAUAAUAUUUUCAAGGGGAAAUGAUUACAAUACACAUUUUAAAAUCCCAGUGUCAAAAUCUCCAAGAGACGUCAUGAUAUAUAGAAUUAUUUUGUUGAUAAUAAGCUCUGUAUAGAUGAUUAAACAUCAGACCAGAGCUGCGUCUGCACCAGGGUGAGACAGGUCCUGAACAAGCCUUAAAUAUUUUCAAUCACAUUACUGUGAAAACUUCUGUAAAUACUGUUCAUUUUGAACUGACAUCAGUGUGUUUACUUGAAAAGAGUACUCACACAUGUGUCACACACAUCACAGGUUUGGUCUUUUCAUAUAAGGUGAUAUUAAAAAGGUCUUACAUGUGUGUACGACCUGGUGCACACACUGACACAUGCUGCCUGUCACUCAGUAAAUCCAGGCCUUACAGUCAGCGAGCAGGACCUUAA